CACGGCCAGGGGACGCCACCGCCUGGCGGGGAAGCCGAGGUGAAUGAGAGUUGAGUAUUAGACAAAAAUAGAUAUAAUCUCUACUCCAUGGUUUAGCUCCUUGAUUGUUAUAGUCUUCACUUUGUGGAGUUUCAUGCUGAAAAACUGAAGCAAUUAAUGGUUGAAUAUGAUCAGAUUUCACCAUCAAGUUCUCAGCCUGAUAACGAAUAAUCACUGGCCAUGCCUCUGGGAUGCUUUGUUGGAUCUUACUUCUUAAAGGGAAGGAAUAUUCAGUUGUACAUGAGGGGCGGGGUUUGUCCUAAUAAAUAAAUCCCCCAAAAUGAAUUUUAAUGUGAGGUAAAGAAAGAUAAUAAGGAAUUGCUGUUGCUCUUUAGAAACUUUUCUGUAUAAUCCCUUUCGGUCAACCUAAUGAAGCAUUCAAACAAGCCAUAUGACUCUUUUCAAGAUGAACUUGAAGACUAUAUUAAAGUACAGAAAGCCAGAGGCUUAGAGCCAAAGACUUGUUUCAGAAGGAUGAGAGGGGAGUAUUUGGAAAGCUGUGGGUACAGAGAAGAGUUUGAUUCCAGGCCCAGGUAUAGAAUGUUUGAUCAAAGAUUCCCAUCUGGAACCAACCAUUCCUACCCAAGAUCAUGCAGUAGUUCACAGACGGAAGACCAGGUACCCCAGUGGUUACCACCUCAUGAUAAGAUAAGACUAAACUCUCUGAGCUAUUGUCAAUUUACUAGGGAUGGCUUCUCAGAAAAACCAGUCCCCUUGAACCUUAGUCAGCAAGAAUACAAUUGCGGCUCAUAUAGUGUAGAAUCUGUAGUUCACAAGCGCCUCUGCUCAGGACACAGUGCCGUCGACCCUCAAGUCAGUCAUAGACAAAUGCACCAGAAGAGGAAAAGACAUCUAGAAGAGGGCAGAGAAAGGCAGGAAGAACGGCCCAAACAUGAGAGGAAAAGGAGUUCUGAGGAAAUGGAUUUAAACAAACAUAGGAGCAUCCAAAGAAAGAAAACAAAGGCAGAAACAGAAACUGUACAGGAUGGUACAGAAAAGCUUAAGAAUCGAAAAGAGAAAAAAAACCGAGAUGUAUCAUCUAAGAAAGAGGACCGUAAGCGUAGGAAGGAAAAAAAGGAACAAGGUGAAGAAAGGACAGAGGAGGAGAUGCUUUGGGACCAGUCUAUCCUUGGAUUUUGAAGCUCCUUAGAUCUCCUGAGACUUAGAUCUCCUGAAAUAACAGUCAAGGAGCUUGGUUUUAUCUGCAUUCAUAUUCAUGUCACUUGCAUAUGUGGACAGAAGUUUCAACUUCUUACAGAGUUGAACAUGAAGUAUUUAGUGUGCUUGCUUUCCAACAUGGAGAUUACUUUUCUAUUUUCUAAAAGAUUUAUUAAUUUUUCUUACCUAUGGUAGAAUUUCCCUUUAAGAGAGUGGCUCUGCUUUUAUUGACCAAAUUGCUGUGGUGGUGGAAUUAUUUUCCCUUGGGAGAUCAUUUAUUUAAAAUUGGAAGAUUAACUGACUUUUAUGGAAUCGAUAUUUCUUGGUUGGGUUUCUUUUAGUUUUGAGUCACAUAUUUUUAUGCUCACUGGCUUUCUCUAUGAAGCAAUUUAGAUUUCCUUUUUUAGAUCUAACUUGCAAUAUAUUUUCUGGGUUGGAAAGUGAAAUAACAUAAUAAUUUUAUCUUAACAUAUAGUUUUUAAAGUUUCAGAGACUUCACACAAAAUCAGUUUAUAUUCUGAAAAUGUUUAUAAUAAAGUAUUUUAACUUCUGGA